AUGCUCAGCGUGUCCUCUGGGUGGCACCGCAGGCCGCCGGUCAGCUUCGGCCGGGCCCUUCCGUGUUUCUUCUUUCCGGCCAGGCCUGUGCUGGCCCGAGGGCGUGUGAGCCUGGAGCCUCGCCUGCAUCCUUCUGAGCUCAGGCUCCGGCUGUCAGCGGCCACACGCCAGCCUUCGCACUUGGCCUUCCCACCGAGCUGCCCCAAGGCUUGGCGGUGGGUGGGUGGGCGCAGAGCUGCCCACUCGGAGCCGCUGGUGGAAAUUCCUGCCCGGGCCGGGCCCCGAGAGCCCACGGCCAGCACCCUGGACGGGACGCCAGAAAGCAGCAGGCGGCAGGAGACCGUCGAUGCCCGCGCCAUGUCCGCAGCCCGCAGCAGGCUCGCUCUUCUCUUCUGCGUCUGUGGUGCAGCCGCCCUGGGAGCCCAGGCUGGACCCCACAAGACUGGACCCCACGAGGCCGGACGCCACGAGGCCGGGUAUUACGUGGCCGCCGUGUAUGAGCACACACCCGUCCUGAGCCCGGACCCACUGGCGCCCACCAGCCGCGAGCAGGCGUUGGCGCUCAUGCACCAGAACCUCGACGUCUAUGAGCGACAAGUGGCAACCGCGGCUGAAAAGGGUGUCCAGAUCAUCGUGUUUCCUGAGGACGGCAUUCACGGCUUCAACUUCUCGCGAGCGUCCGUCUACCCGUUCUUGGACUUCCUGCCAGGCCUGCUGCCAGGGAGGUGGAACCCGUGUCUGGAGCCGGGCCGGUUCAACGACACGGAGGUCCUCCAGCGCCUGAGCUGCAUGGCCAUCAAGGGGGGGAUGUUCCUGGUGGCCAAUCUCGGGACGAAGCAGCCCUGUGACAGCGGCGACCCGCGCUGCCCGGGGGACGGGCGGUACCAGUUCAACACCGACGUCGUGUUCAGUGGCGACGGCGCCCUGGUCGCUCGCUACCGCAAGCGCCACCUGUACUUCGAGGCCGCCUUCGACACCCCUCCGUGGGCCGACCGUGUCACCUUCGAGACGCCCUUUGCCGGCAGGUUUGGCGUCUUCACGUGCUUUGACAUCCUGUUCUUUGACCCGGCCGUGAGCCUGCUGCAGGACCCCGAGGUGAGGCACGUGGCAUACCCCACGGCCUGGAUGAACCAGCUCCCGCUCCUGGCAGCCGUGCAGGUGCAGAAGGCCUUCGCUGUGGCCCUGGGCGUCAACGUCCUGGCGGCCAACAUCCGCCACCCGGCCCUGGGGAUGACGGGCAGCGGCAUCCACACGCCCCUGGAGUCCACGUGGCAGGCCCAGUACGCCCUGGGGGCCCAAGCUCCUGCCUUCACUGUCACCCAGAGGCCCGGGCAGGCUUCCGCAGUCGUCGGGUUCGAGCCGGGACACGUCAAGGCCCUGGUUUCUGUGUAG